CAAAGGUAAAAUUGUGAAAUCCUUGCCCUUCACUCCAAAACUGACCAAGCUUAAAGAGAACAGAAACCCAACAACGCAACAGUGAAAGUCAACGAAAGAAAUAUCCGCUGGAGAAGACAAGAGCCGAGAUGGAGCUCCUUCCUAGCUUUUCCUUUGGGACAUGGUCACUUCUCAUUGCCCUCCUGGGACUUGUAAUGCUAUAUGGAAUUUGGCCGCACAGUGUUUUCAAGAAACUGGGCAUUCCUGGUCCAACCCCACUGCCUUUCUUUGGAACUCUGUUGGGAUACCGUGAAGGCCUUAUCCAGUUUGAUACCAAGUGCUCUGAGAAAUAUGGAAAAGUCUGGGGGCUUUACGACGGCCGGCAAGCUGUGUUAGCUGUACUGGAUCCCAUCAUUAUCAAAGCUAUACUAGUGAAAGAGUGCUACACCACCUUUACCAACCGCCGGAGUUUGAAAGUAGCGGGGGUAUUUAAGCAUAUACUCCCCAGAACGGAGGAUGAACAGUGGAAGAGGAUUCGCACCGUGCUCUCUCCAACCUUUACUAGUGGAAAGCUAAAGGAGAUGUUUCCCAUCAUAAAACACUACGGGGAGGUUUUGAUGCGAAACGUUCAGAGGAAAAUGGAAAACGGCGAAACUCUAGCUGUGAAGGACAUCUUUGGGACUUACAGCCUGGACGUCAUCACCAGUACCUCGUUCGGUGUGAAUCUCGACUCCAUGAACAACCCCAAAGACCCUUUCGUCAAGCAUAUCAAGAACCUAACCAAAUUUAAGCCUUUAAUCCCUCUCAACGUUUUGAUAACUGUAUUCCCAUUUUUGACUCCUUUGCUUCGGGCACUGAAUUUGAAUAUUUUACCCCAAGACGCUGAGACGUUCUUCAUGCGAUCCUUUGCAAAAAUUAAGGAAACACGGCUGAAAGAAGGCGAAGGGAGCCGAGUGGAUUUCCUGCAGCUGAUGAUAGACUCCCAAGGCUCCGAUGGCAGUCAACAGAGCAAUGGGAUGGAUCACUUGUAUAAAGGCUUAACUGACACUGAAAUCCUGGCUCAGUCCUUAAUCUUUGUUUUUGCUGGGUACGAACCUACCAGCAACUCCCUCAGUUUCAUGGCCUAUGUUUUAGCUACACACCCAGAUAUUCAACAGAAGCUUCAAAACGAGAUAGAUUCUAUUCUACCCAACAAAGCUCCUCUCACGUAUGACGCCAUCAGGCAGCUGGAGUACCUCGACAUGGUGCUGAGCGAAACGCAGAGACUGUAUCCCCUUGGAGGGCGGAUCGAAAGGGUGUGCAAGAAAGACGUAGAAAUCAACGGGGUGACCAUCCCAAAAGGAAUGGUGGUGAUUAUUCCGCCCUACGUUCUACAUCGGAACCCAGAAUACUGGCCGCAACCUGAGGUGUUCAGACCUGAGAGGUUCAGCAAAGACAACAGGGAAACCAUGGACCCGUACACCUACUUGCCCUUCGGAGCCGGUCCCCGGAACUGCAUCGGCAUGAGAUUUGCUCUCGUAGCUAUAAAAGUUGCGAUGGCAACCCUUUUGCAGCACUUCUCAUUUAGAGUCUGCAAAGAAACUCAGAUUCCCCUGAAGAUGAGUAAUAAAAUCUUCUUAAUACCCGAGAAGCCGAUAGUUCUGAAAUUAGUACCCCGAAAUGGUUCCCAAGAAAAGGACGAAUGAAGCCCAGGUGUGUCUACAGCAGACAUAAAAGCUUCUGACACGAUACUGUGCCCACCGGCUGAAACUUAGAAGAGGACUAUUCAUUCUAAAGACUGUUCCCAGAUAUCUGCAGCUGUAAAUAGCUUUUGCAACUCUUUGGUCACAAGGAUUCCUUUUAUUAAUUGAGAUGCCAUUUUUAUUGUUUUAAGGAUGAUAUUAGAUAUUUUUUAAAAAAUAUUUUGUUGAUUUGUUGUUUUGGUUUCUGUAAUCCAUCUUGAAACUUCUUGAACCAAAUCAAUAAAUCAACAAUUAAGUCACAAUGAGCUGCAACAUUUUCUGCAAACCCAGUCACUGUCUUUUUAUUAUUUUGUUCAGUUUUUAAUUGGAAACUACUUUGGAAGAAUUUGUAUCUCGGAGGUGUAAUAUAAAUUAGUCCAGGAAUGAAGAACAUGCCUCCCUCCAGAUGUUGUUGUACUCCAAGUCCCAUCAUCCCUCACCAUUGACUAUGCUGGCUAGGAGUGGUGGAAUUGUAGUCCAUCAGGAAAGCCACACAUCCCUCAUCCCUGAAUUAAAAUAAAAAAUAGAAUCACAAUCAAUAUUAAUGUGGCUGGCCCUACUAUGAAGCAGCUGCCUCAGGCAGCAGAUUUAAAUGGGUAGCAAAAAUUGUUAGCUAUUCAUUUUAUUAAUAUUGUAUUUUUACUGCUAGAAAUGGGGAAAGGGGCUUUUGGGAUUUUCUGUUUCAUGUGCCCAAAUAAUGUGCCCCCCCCUCUGUAUCCUAUUCCGCUUGACUUGAAUGGUUGAGUGCACAAUUUGCUAUUCUGCCUCAGGCGGCAAAAUGUCAUGGGCCAGCCCUGAAUAUUAAUUUCCCUAAUCUUUUUUUCUUUUAAGACAAUUAAGCUAGCAGUUAUUGCUACAUCUUUGUCCUAUAGGUGGUCCCCCCACUGCCAUCACUUCCGCCCCCUCUAUGUUGUUAUCGUAGCCCAAGUCAACCUAACGUUUACCUGCAUUUUACAUGCAAAGGCAUCGUUGCUCAAAGCAUGACACAUGGCCACGAAAGAGGAAUGAAGGCACCAUUAAACACAGAGCAUCCCUCCCAGUCCACCAUUGAACCAGAUUAGACACAAUCUUAAUUAAAGACGGCAAGCAAGAUCCAGGAGAAAUCACCAACAGAUUAAUUAAUAGCUUCAAAUGAGAAAAAAAAAAAGCCAUCAAUGGAUUCUCAAGGACCCCCAAAUUCAAGAUGCACUCUUUUAGAAUGAGCAAUUGUUACUCAAGCAAUGAUAAUGCAUUAAAAAUUGUCUUUGCACAGCACGCUGAAGUAUCAAAAAUAAAAGCAUUAGCGUAAA